AUGCUUGAGGGCAAGUUCGUGGUUUUCUCAGAUAUUGACAAGGCUGGGGUUGACCUUGUCGGAGCCCCUAUCCUCGUUGAUGAUCUGGACUUUCCCGGAGUAAAGAUUGCAGCCGGGAAUCUAGCUGAAGACUUUGCCAGGGCCACAGGAGGAAGCAGCAGCAGCAUCAACACUGUGUUCAAUGCCAAUCAAGUUGCUGGCUCGGGCAUCUCGAAAAUAGCAAUCAUCGUUGGUUGCAUCAAAGUUAGCCGACUGCUGCAACGACUACAGAGAGAAGGCCAGGUUGACUUUGAACCAAUCAAGGGCAAAUGGGAGUCGUUCCUUACCGCAGUGGUCCGGAAUCCUCUUGGCGGCACGUAUGAGAAGGCGCUCGUGAUUGGUGGUAGCGACAAGCGAGGUGCCAUCUUUGGUAUCUAUACCUUGUCCGAACAAAUUGGAGUUUCGCCAUGGUACUGGUGGGCUGAUGUCCCUCCAAAGCAGAACGAGUCCGUUUAUGCGAUUCCUAGAACCACGAUACAUGGUGAACCCAGUGUCAAGUUUCGGGGCAUCUUCCUGAACGAUGAAGCCCCAGCAAUGACAGGGUGGGUUCUGGAGAAAUUCGGAUCAUACAAUUCUACCUUAUACAAAAAGGUGUUUGAACUGCUUUUACGUCUGAAGGCAAAUUUCAUGUGGCCUGCGAUGUGGCCGGGCUAUCCAAAUCCUGGAGCGAACUUCUUUGUAGAUGACCCGGAUAACCAGCGUCUUGCUGACGAGUAUGGCAUCGUCAUCUCAACGUCUCAUCAUGAGCCCAUGCAACGAUUGACGAAUGAGUGGUUUCUGGAGAACGAAGAGGGGAGCUGGGAUUGGGAAACCAACAAGGAGAGUAUGACCGACUUCUUUCGGUAUGGUGCGCAGAGGGCGAAAGAGUACGAGUCGUACUUCACAGUAGGGAUACGAGGUGCCUACGACCGAAGAAUGCCGGGCUCUGACCCUGCCGUAACCAUCACCGACGUCAUCAACACUCAACGGCGCAUCAUCGAAGAUGUCUACGGGAGAACUGAAGAUGUGCCCCAGGUCCUUGCAUUAUACAGAGACAUUGAACAGAUAUACGAUGGGGGAAGAAUCGAAGUUCCUGACGACGUAACUUUGCUAUUUCAGGACGAUAACAACGGAACUAUCCGCCGGCUUCCUGGCCAGAAAGAACGAGCUAGGAAAGGUGGUGCUGGUAUCUAUUACCACUUCGAGUAUGUUGGGCUUCCACGCAGCUACAAGUGGACAAACAGUGUUGCUUUGAGAAAGGCAUGGCACCAGCUCCAAUACGCGUACAGUCGAAACGCCAGACAGAUAUGGCUUUUCAAUGUCGGCGACCUGAAGCCGCUGGAGACUCCAAUUACAUGGGCUAUGAGCCUCGCAUGGGACAUCAACAGCAUUGGAGCCGGUAACCUCCCGAGCUUCCUGCGUCAGACAGCUAUAAGGGACUUUGGUCCCGAGCUCGGCAGCGAGAUUGGCAAAGUUUACCUCGGAUACAACCGCUUGGUGUCGAUGCGAAAGCACGAGCUGAUUGAGCCCGACACAUUCUCGCUGCUAAAUUACCGCGAAGCUGAACUCGUUCUGGAGCAGUGGGAGAAGCUGCUCACGGCGGCAGAGUCGGCUUAUAGGUGGUGCACUGAAGAGCAGAAGCCGGCUGUGUACCAACUCGUACUCCAUCCGGUCAAAUCCUCUCAGGUUUUUAUCGCGUUGCGGAUCAUGCAAGCGCGCAACCAGCUUUACGCGAGGCAGAGACGCACUUCUGCCAACACCGUUGCCCAAAAGGUGCUAGAACUCUUUGCUGCCGAUUUCGACUUGCAAUUGGAGUAUCAUGCGCUGUUGGGUGGCAAGUGGAAUCACAUGUUACGGCAACCGCAUCUUGGCUACGAAAGGACCUGGCACGCUCCUUCACGAGAUAUGAUUACGGGACUGUCAUAUGUUCAGAUCAGGCAAGACUCCAAUCCCAUCGUUGGCCAGAUGGGUGUUUCCGUCGAAGGCCACGCUGGUGUUCGCCCUGGCCUUACCAAUGAGGAGUCUGAUCGCACUCAUCCAAGUCGUCUUGGUCUCGUCGCGGGCUUGACUCUGGACGCCAUGAGCCGCUACGGGCCGGCUAGUCGAUGGUUCGAGAUCUGGUCUCGUGGGACGCCAACCAUUCACUGGACGGCUUCCAGUCCCCAUUCAUGGCUGCGGUUGUCUAGCUACUCAGGCAUAUUGGUGCCUGGGAGGGAUGAUGCACGGAUUGAGAUCUCCAUCGACUGGGACCUGGUGUCCGAAGACUUUGGCGAAGAGGUUUUGAUUGACGUUCGGUCUGCAAUUGGGGACUUUGAGCAAAUACACCUCCCCGUGAGCGGGCGCAAAGUGCCGAGUACAUUUCACCAUGGCUUUGUCGAAGGGCCUGGUUACGUUUCGAUGCCAGGUUCGAGCGGUGUCUCGAGCCCCGACUACAUUGUAUUGCCUGACACUGGAAGAUCACUGCACGGGUCGGUCGGUCUGAACAUGACCCUUGGGGUCAAUGAGACAUCGAAUUUCCUGUCCUACCAAUUCUACCAAUUCUCUACCGCGGCCUCAGCGAAGGUCAUCUUGGAAUUCGGCAUUACGCUAAGUACAUCAUCUGACGAUCUCAUAUCGUACGACCUACAGGUCAACGACGGCCCGGUCACACAACAUAGGAUCGAACAGUUCACCGAGAAGAGUAUUGAGUACGGGCUGAAACUCGGUGUACCCCGUGUCGCUGGCUGGAUAACAGGAGCAGCCGACCUUGUCUGGAAGGUAGAGCACGAAGCCGCGGAUUUCGGGCCAGGGGCGCAAGUCAUUAGACUUCGGCUCUGCCAUGUGAAUAUCCUGCUUGAAAAGGUGGUUGUUGACUUUGGUGGAGUUCGUGAGAGUUAUCUUGGGCCGCCGGCCAGCCACUGGAUCGAAACGUGUGCGGACUCUCACCACUGA